UCAUUACCCGCGCCCCUCGCUAGACGCUCCGCCCUCUGCCCCGCCUCCUACUGCCGCUUGCCGGGCACCGGCCUGUGGGUUUCCGGAUCCGGGGCAGCCAACAACCACCGCUCAGUGCCGGGUGCGCAGUCGCGGUGUCCGUUGCCCGGGCCGCUCCGCUCUCGCCAUGAGGAUCACGCGGCAGAAACACGCCAAGAAAUAUAUGAGCUUCUACAAGUACAACUUCGGCGUCCGGGAGCCCUUCCAGGUGCUGCUGGACGGGACUUUCUGCCAGGCCGCGCUGCGCAACAAGAUCCAGAUCCGCGACCAGCUGCCCGGCUACCUGGCUGGGGCCACGCAGCUCUGCACCACCCGAUGUGUUCUAAAAGAAUUGGAGUCAUUGGGGAAGGAACUUUAUGGAGCAAAGCUAAUUGCCCAAAGAUUUCAAGUUCGAAACUGUUCCCACUUCAAAGAUCCAGUGAGUGGCUCAGCAUGUCUAUUGUCCAUGACUGAAGAGGGUAAUCCUCAUCACUAUUUCAUUGCUACGCAGGACCAGGAUUUGGCAACAAAAGUGAAGAAAAAGGCUGGAGUUCCUCUUCUCUUUAUUAUUCAGAACACUAUGGUGCUGGACAAACCUUCUCCGAAAUCACUGGCAUUCGUUCAAGCCAUGCAGGCAAAUCAGCUUGUUCCAGAGCACCAGAAACAAAGUAUUGAGCAUCUUAAAGAAGAACAAGGACUAGUAAAGGAGUCUGAAAACAGAAGAAAACGUAAGAGGGCAAGUGGCCCCAAUCCUCUCAGCUGCCUGAAGAAAAAGAAAAAAGUGCAGGAGACCCAACAGCCUUCUGCUGCUAAGAAGAAACGAAAAAGAAAACGAAACCGAGCUAAAUCGGAAGCAAAGGCAGUGUCUGUGCAGCUGAGUGUGAAAGCAUAAAGCUGCCCAUAUAAACUGUACUGGACUUGAAUACAGCUUGAACUUUGUCCAAAGAAAAAAAAUUCUUACAAUUCUAAUAUGAAAAUAAAAGUGUUUAUUUUUAUGAAAUAUUAUAUUCUUCAUUGUAACUUUCACCACCUUUGUAUAUUUAUAUCAUCCCAAUAAUAUACCUUGCUCUUUAUUAAUCAGAUAAUUACAAAACAUUUCCCCCCCCGCUAUAACCACAAGUCUGCCCUCACUGAGAAAUUGGAGAGCUGUUAUGUUGCAAAAUCUGGUAUCUGGAGUGCCCCAAGUAGUGGGACUUUUUUUUAUUAUUUAUUAUUUCUCUGUGCACACAACUGCCCUCACAUGUACAAAUGGUGUGUAUAUUAUUCCUGGCCCUGCCUUAGUUGGGAUCCUAAGGAGGAAGUAUAAAUGAGUUUUAUAAAUUUUCCUGUAAGGUGUUGUAACAGGAUCUCCUCAAACUGCAUCAGACCGUGCCUGCAUUUCCCACUCCCAUGUAAGCCACUGUUCAAUUUCCAGGCCUGUGCGUCAGUAAAGCUUCUUCUAAUGUCAGUAUUCAUUGCUUUUUCUGUGGGAUACAUUUAUUGUUGAAACUCAAACGCAGUUCAAGUUAAAUCAAGAUGGACAAACCACCUGUAUCCUCCUGAGGCCUCUGCCUCGGAGGGCUGCUACCUGUGCAGGAUGUAUACCCCCUGCUAGUCUUCCACCUGGCUAGUGUGGCUAGUUUCCUUCCAGAUCUUUUCCCUGACCCAGCACCUCCUGCAGGAGACUUUCCUACUCCUUGCACCUCUCCCCACAGUUGAACUGCUCGUUGAUCUCUUUGUCUCACCACUUGGGAGGCAGCUAGUUAGUAACAGGUUAUGCCCAACUCCCUUCAAGGGGUCAACUCACCUUUUGACUGUUUUCCUAGACAGCACCAGUGCCUGAAUAGGUCACUCAGGCACAGGAGAAAUGGUAGGAGCAAGUGUGCAACUUGGUCAUGCUGAAAUAUAGUGCCACACAACAAGAGAAGUGAAGUUGUUCAUAGUAUGGCACAUCCAAGCUGGAGCUGUGAAACACUUGGCUAGUUGGCAGUGGUGAGGGCUGUAUCUUCUCUUGCAGUCUGCCUCAGCCAUUUUGUAAGAUUAUAAACAGAAUAAAAGGCUGCUGAGGGAGCUUGAAAAAAACAUCAUUGGCCCCUUUUCUGCAUCUUGUUCUGUUUCCUGGACGAGCUUGCCUGUGCAAGGAGACAUGGAGACAGUAAAAUGAAACUGACAAGUCUAUUCUGUAGAUCCUGUCAUACAGUGAAGAAGGAUGCACUAUAAGAUGUAGAUGGAAAUUGUGAUUUUUUUUUUAAAUCUGUUCAGACUGCCUCUGCCCAGCCACAGUGUAAUUCCUAUAAAGAGGGAAAACUUAAAACCAGUUAAGGGUGCUAAGGGGAACACCCCCUUCCUCCACACCACAAUCUCGUAAAAGCAGCUAAGCUAUCCAUUUUAAAUGUAUUCACUAUUUUACUGGCAGAGAGUCAUCUGUAGAUAAAAUGUACCUUCCUCUACAAUAACACCAUUUCUCACAGUUGCAAAACUACUGCAAUAUUAACAUGGC